GAUCUGAUUCGCCUUGCAUUGUUCACGAAAAAAACCGUCGACGAUACAAGCUUUGAUACCCAUGCUUCACUAGCCAUCCAUGCUAUUGGUGCCACUUUGACCUUCUAUUUGCUCAAGAUUCAAGCGCAUGGCCUAUAUAUCAUAACUGAAUUGGCCCAUCUGGAUGUUCCCAUGGCUGUGUCCGAGAUCCCUUCUUUCCUUACAAGUUCACAACCUUGA